CGAGAUUCGGGCCGAUCACUCGACGCUGCCGCGCUUGAGCAGCUUGGUUACACGUGUAGGAACGCGCUGGGGACGCGAGCAGCGAUUCACAAACACCACAGGACUCGUGUGCGCCACUGUCGCCAUCGGUGCGUCGUGAGGCGCCCUAAAACACCGCUAUGAUGUCAUAUUGCAAAUUGCUGCUGCUUUGGGCAGCAGCGGCACGCCCCGUCGCGGCAUGUAGGUUCAUCGCCUACUGCGGCAACCGCACGGUCGACGCGCGAAAACUACUCUUGGACGGCGAGAACAAUUUACUCGCCCUAGCGACGAGCCGACCGCUCCUCCCAGCUCUCUCGCUGUCGAGGCACUACGACGAGGCACAAGUACCACUAAGGAACGUGGAGAAGAACCUGGAUGGCUACGGCGUGUCCUGGUACGAAGAAGGCGAGUCCUUUCCUCGCAGAGUCAGAAGUGCCAAUCCGAUCAUCAAGGAUAAUGUGUCGGAUGCGACCUUCCAGAAUUUGUUGGAUGGGCGGGCCGCUGUGUGGAAAUCGACCAGUGAGUUAGGUUAUUUGCGGAGACCUUCGUGAACCUCCACGCCAUCGAACCGGCGCGGUCGCGUCGACAAUGUCGCGUCGAUGGCUGAAAACCACGCUAUCGAGCAGACAGCUACGGAGACAACAUCGCGUCGAUGGCGUAGGGCGCCCGAAAUUUGAUUUCCACACAGGCGCGCCGUGCCCAUGCUGUUCCGGGCUUCAUUAGAUGUUUGUGUGGAAGAGCCGCAGCCACCUUCACAAGUAGCUCUUGAAUCUAGAGCCGUCUUCGCGCACGUAAGGGCCGCAUCCCCCAAUUCGACGCAGAAGGAGACCAAUUCGCACCCGUUCGCAUUUCAUACGUUAACAUGGCUCCACAAUGGUCAUGUUUGGGGUUUUGAAAAGUUUCGGGAGCAGCUCAUCGCGAAGCUUCCCAGGAAAUUGCUGCCGUUGGUCGCCGGCGACACUGAUAGUGAACUGGCCGGUGCUGUGUUUGCGUCGCAUCUCGCGGGGUUUCCUUAUCGGAAGACGUAUGAUUUGGUCGCGUUGCGGGCGGCGAUGCUCGCGACGGUGGCGAAUCUGCGGGAGCGCUCGUUGCGGGUCCACGAGAGCGAGGGUUCCGAUCUGUGUGGAAAUCAACCAGUGCGUCGGGCGCACCGGCAUCACCACGUCAUCGAGCAGGCGUCGCGUCGAUGGCGUGGAGGUCGACGCGAACGAUUCAGCACGAACGAUUCCACACAGGUUCCGAUGUCUGCCCCGACAUGCCGCCCUCAUCUCUAAACUUCGCUGUUUCAGAUGGUACAUCCCUGGUCGUUAUAAGGUUCCGGUCCUCGAUGAGCGAGGACCCGCCCACGCUCUACUACCGGAUUGUACCAGAGGGCGUGAUCGUCGCCUCGGAGCCGUCGUCUUCAGACGCCGAAACGCUCAGGGAGUGGACGCUGCUCGGCAAAAAUAGGAUGCUCUCUUAUAGUCCCUCGACGGGCGUCCACGUCGAGUGCGUCUGCCCGCACAGCUGCGACGACGACGUGUCGGCGGCGGCGCACUUUUCCGGGCGGUCCGAGGCUGACGCCGUUGUUGGCAAGGGCCUGGUUUGGUACGCCGCCGCCACGGUCCUGGCGUUCCUGCUGGGCCGGCGGUGGCCUGCUCGGUCUUUAUCUGAGGAACUGGCGCUUUCUGUCGUCACCGUGUUGUUAGCCUGGUGGUGCCUGACCACUCCUCCAUGGUGAGGCCGUUCCCAGUGUAAUUAUGUGUGAAAUUGAACCCCGG